UAUAACUGCCUACUCGCGUAACGUCUUGGUGGAAAGGUUCGUCUUAUAAACUACUCUUCAAUUUUAGGCAUUUUUACUCGGGAAAAUAAGUAUUUUCGGGAUUUUAUAGGAACACAUGCACUGCUCAUUGACCAUGGACCAACGAACUGGUUGGGUUCAACCGGAGCAGCGAGGUCCGUCCCACAAUAUGUGGACUCGAAUUGUAGAUUCUACUAUCACUUCAAACAAUGCUGAACCCAAGUUUAGACCUUCGGAGUUCAUCCCCCUUACGACGAGAAAUGGCAUGGAUACUGCCCAAUCUACGGCUCUGAAAAACAUCAUAAAUGCUGACAAAGGCCUUGGAGGGAAGAGGAAAAGGUCUGAAAAUCCGGCAAGUACAAACGGUCUUGAAACUUCAGAGCUUUUAAUCGAAGAAACAGUACCAUGGAAGCCAAAAAAUCGAAAUUACCCAGACGGGGUGAUUGGUCUUAGCCAAGAAAUCAUGGACUUUUACGAGUUUAUGAAGCCUAGAAAAUGCGAAGAGGCAAUGCGUUGGGAGGUCGUCGGCCGUGUGCAUGAGGUGAUAGUUAGAUUAUGGCCUACAGCGAAGGUCGAGGUAUACGGGAGUUUCAAAACAGCGCUUUUUCUACCGACAAGUGAUAUAGAUUUAGUGGUUUUUGGAAAAUGGGAAAGACUUCCUUUGUGGACGCUAGAAAAGGCUCUUCAGGCGAAUCAGAUCGCCGACCCUUCCUCCAUCAAGGUUCUCGAUAAAGCAUCGGUCCCUAUUAUAAAAUUGACUGAUAAAAAGACCCAAGUCAAGGUUGACAUUAGUUUCAAUGUGUUGGCCGGCCCGACAGCCGCUAAGUUUGUCAAGGAAAACAUGGAACUGUUUCCAUGCCUCCCCCCACUAGUUCUGGUGCUUAAACAGUUCCUAGUGCUGCGUGAUCUGAAUGAGGUGUUUACUGGUGGCAUUAGCUCAUACUGUCUAAUCCUCAUGGCUGUCAGCUUCCUACAGCACCACCCUAGGGGAGAUGGUUGCAGCUUAGACCAUAACCUUGGAGUGCUAUUGAUUGAGUUCUUUGAGUUGUAUGGAAAUAACUUCAACUAUGUAAACACUGGGAUUUCGGUCAGAGACGGGGGCUCAUACUUCAACAAGCAGGAGGUGCUGAAUGAUGUUGGUGAAGGUUUCAACACAUCCUUGUUGUGUAUAGAAGACCCAUUCACUCCAGGAAACUACAUUGGCAAAAGUUCAUAUGCCUUCAUGCAGGUCAAACAAGCUUUCAAUUAUGCGUACUUAGUUUUAAGCAAAGCUGUCAACUCACCAAACCCAACUAUAGAUGGUGUAUCCAAACACAGCCUUCUAAGCCGGAUAGUGCGUGUAACCAAAGAAGCUGUAGAGUACCGCAACUUUGUGGAGAGCAACUGGGGGAACUCAAAACUUAUCUCAAACCCAGUGAUGAACAUGAUAAACCAAAACCCAGUGCCAACGUAUGCAAGCGUAGCAAACAAGAGCAGCUCCAAAACCAGCGAGAAGAGUAACAAGGAAAGCAAAUCUCUCUUGGUCGACCUGACAGGAGGGGACUCCCCUCUAAACAACCAGAGUAGCCUAGAUGAGGAGGACGCCUGUCCUCCAAGGCCGUCUAGCUCAAGCUCACUAGCUAGCCUGAAUAACGUACUCAGUCUGAACUUAAAAAUGGAUUUGCCUGAGUCCUUUGAAGGGCCCAGCCCAGCAAGCAGUCCAAUGGCUGCUCCAGCCAAGAAAAGCAAAGAAAAUGGUACUAACCCUCUUACUUUACGGAACACUGUAGAUAGCUCUUCCCCGGUUUCUGGUGGAAGGUCCUACUCAGGUGCAAUAAAGUCCUCACUUUCUAGUAGUGUGAACUCCAAGCCUGUGGAGGCCACAAGCCAUGUGGCUGACUCCAAGGGGAAUAGCAAACCUAAAGGACUUUUGAUAAGUGGCAAAGAUGAGGGUAAAGCAAAGAGCCCUGCCCCACUGAGUAUAGAAACUGGUGGUGGCAGUACUAAUGGUUCCAGGCAAACCAGCAUAAACAACAAACAAGUGUUAAACAACAACAACAACAACCACAACAGUCACAUGGUAGGGCACAACUCCAACAAAACCCCAGAUAGCGUAACUAGGUCAAAAAAGAAGAAGAAGAACAGAAAAACACAGAAGAGACCAAUGGCCCACAGCUGAAGGUAGAAGUAACUGUUUUCUGCCUAUCUGCUACACUAGCGCACCCUAAGGUAUAUUAACCAUGGUUCCAACACAGCCCGAACAUCAGGCAUGUACUAGAGGGGGGGGGGGGGGGGGUAUUCCAUCCUCCUUUUUCUCUUGGCCAUAAAAAGUGGGCCAUUUCUCUAUGACUGUGCAUCCCCCUCUGGCAAAUCCCAGGUACAUGUCUGAUCUUUGAAUUAGAGAUAACACCCCAUGCAGUGGCUUCGAAGAAGUAAAGGGAUAGGGGAGUUCCCUAUGUAAUGGUAUUAUCUCUCUUUUAUGGGUAAGGUUAAAGAGCUUUAUAUGCUGGUGUGGGGUCUGGUGCACUAUUCCCCUAUCCCUAUCCCCUUACUUAUCCUAGGUAUGCUGCUCUAACUUUCCCAUGCCUACUUGUAUGCGCCACUACAAACAUUUAGAAACAUUCUGGGAAAUGCAAAGUUAGGGAGGGGGCCUGUCUGAGUAAACCUUUAGUUCUGAUUCUUUUUCUAUUUUAAAAAAUAAACUUAAUCUUCACUGUAAGGGUUGGAUUACAGUCUUUUCAAUAAUUCAGACAUGUAUCCCACAUUUUAUCAACCCACAAUUCUAGGAAACUAUUGUAUGAAUUUUAUAUUACCCAACUAUGUCACAUAUUACACCAAACACUAUUUCAGUAUUAUCAUUACCACACAAACAUUGUUAUUUAUUUAUCAUGGAAGCUCACAAGCUUCUUAAUAGGCAAUAUUCAUAUAAAUAUAGCCUUAUAUUAUUGAUAAUGUUUUAGGGGAUCUAUUAUAUCCAAUUAUUUUGGAAUAUUCAACAAUUUGUAAAUAUUGUAUAGGUAAAACAUAUACAAUACAAAAUGUAGAUUAAAUGCUAAUAGCAAAUCAAUAGCUGCCUUUUAGAAAGCGCCACAUUUAGAAAUUCCUACAACAUAUUAAUUAUUUGCCAUAAUAGAUUUGAUACAUUUGAUAAAAAAAAUCCACAAAAAUAAAUGCAUACGAUCGUUCUUACCAUACAUAGUAUGGCUCACUAUAACUCGGUGUAUUUGUUGAUUUGAUCACUUGAUAGCAAGUGUUUUCAACAGGAGAAAGUAUUAUAAUAGAGCUUUAAGGAUAAAGUGAAACAAACAGGAUAUGGUUUUACCAUGGUGAGCCAGUCAAAAAGAAAUCUGCCUCAAAAUCGAUGUUGGGGAUUUCAUUAAAAUUAGAGUUCACUUCUAUGACUGUACAAUGGGAAGUUUACUAUUAGCUAGCCACAAGUAUUUCCCAGUUUACAAAUAGAUAAGCGAAAUGCAGGGGAAAUGAGCAGGCUAAUUCACAAUGGCCCAUAUUCAUAUUUCACAAAAGACGGGAUAAUGACAUGGACAUUGUCCCUUGAAAAGUUCUUAGAACAAACGUUUCUUGGAAAUCUGUGGGACUUGUUCAUAAAUCAAGGUCAUUCGCCACAGCCAGGCAAACAAUUAUCAGUGAAAUGCUAGGACCUUAGAAUUGCACAACGUGCUUGUUAAGGGGACAAGAAAUCGGCCUAUCGAAACAGCAAAGGCAGGUUCGAAGAAAACAUAUUUAAAUCAGAACCGCCAGAAUAACAAUCAAGACGAUGGUCUUUCUGGAUUGUGGUGGAUUGUGGUAGAAUCAAGUGGUAGAUUUUUUAUGGAGUUUUGGGAUGAAAGUACUUUAGGGGAUUGUGUAGUUCCAGAAAAUAUCCUCCCCCCCCCCCCCCUCCCCCAUGGAGUGGGUCGGGGGUAUGAAUUUCAAAUCCCCUCCAUGGGGGGUGUAUGAAUAUUUUCUGGAACUACACAUUCAAGGAGAUAGUAGCUUGUCUGUAUGGAAACUCAUGCACUUGCUUUCAGAUGAAAUAUCGGUGGAAAAAAAACCUGUACACAGAGUAAAGAUGUAUUUUUCAGAUAUGAAAUAAUUGUUAUAAGUCAUCCUAAAUUUAUAAUAUAAACGACCAAAAGUAUUUCUGAGAUGUAUAAUUAGGAAAAAUUAAUGAUGUUUUUUUUUUCAAAAUGUUGCUUUGUUGAGUUUCUUUGUGAAAAAUGACGCACAAACCUACCAAGGGAUGAAAAUUCAACUGAUUAUUUUUCCCCUGGAGUCUAGUUGCUCCCAGAAGUUAUGUUUUCCCUUAGAUCGUUUGAUUACUAUAUAGGCGGCUGUAGAACACAUUAAUUCCAUGUGGACAUCGUCUCGGUCUGUGGAGUCUUAACUUGUGUUCAGACUUUUGUCAAAUACUAUCUUUAUUGCGAUGAUUUCUUGGAAUUCUAACCUUCACGGAAGGCUUGUGCACCAUAAAUGGAUUGGAAUUUUGUCUUUUUAUAUCCACCUGUUGUACUAACGGUUUUAAAGGAGUUAUAAAUGUUGAAUUACGUCUUAUGCAAAAAUUAUAAGGGGGUUAGAAAUAACCUUUGUCACCCCAGGCUAGCAAGUAGACUUUAUUAAAGUGCCUCUGUCAGUCAGCAUGUUGUCAUUC